CGUGAUUUCAACGCAGCUUAACCCAUUUUCUUUCCAUCCAAACACUCCCGAGAAAAUCUUAUUUCACUUUCUCGAGAAAAUCUCUCAAAUCUCAACCAUGUCGUGGCAAUCUUAUGUUGAUGAUCAUCUUCUCUGUGAAAUCGAAGGUAAUCAUCUCACUCAUGCUGCUAUCAUCGGUCUUGACGGCAGCGUUUGGGCUCAGAGCGCUAAUUUCCCUCAGUUUAAGCCUGAGGAAAUAACUGCUAUCAAUAAUGAUUUUGCUGAGCCUGGAACACUUGCUCCAACUGGAUUACAUCUUGGUGGUACUAAAUAUAUGGUGAUUCAAGGUGAACCUGGAGCUGUCAUUCGAGGGAAGAAGGGUCCUGGUGGUGUUACUGUUAAGAAGACGGCUUUGGCCUUAGUCAUUGGCAUUUAUGCUGAACCAAUGACUCCUGGUCAGUGCAACAUGGUAGUUGAAAGGCUUGGUGAUUAUCUCAUUGAACAGGGUCUUUAAACAUCUUCGUAUGUCUUAUUAUAGUUCAUAUUUCAUUGGCUUCUGUACAAGUUUUUGCGUCGACCUCAAAUGGAAUGCUUGAUUGCAGUGUAAUAAUUAUUUGGAUAUGAAAAAAGUUGUUGGAUCUGGUGUGGCAAAGAAGUGUUUGGUGCUUGAGAAAUGAUAACUAUAAUCUUUGUCGUUGUACUUUUUUUUAGUGGGGUACCUUAUACAUUAAAGUGGUUUUAAAUUCUAAUGCUAUGGUAUGAUGGUUGGCAUA